AUGUCACGCCGGAAGCAGAAGCGACCCCAGCAUCUCGUUAACGCGGAUCCGGGGGGCCCACGGCUGCUAUCUCACGAUGAUCACCUGGGCAUGAAGUCACCAUCCACAUCUCUUGGCUCAGAAGUGACCUCAUCAGGAUCCUCCUCCUCCUCGCCCACCUCGCUCCAAGACUGCCAGCCGCCUCUGGCCCCUCGCCCAUCCCCUGGUGGGCUCCACGCGCCCUCCUUGCCCAGCGAGAGUUCGCCUCCUCCCCACUGGCCCAGCCACAUUGCCCCCUUCACCACCUCCCUCCCAAACACCCACUCUUCCCUCUCCCCGGAUUUUCCUCACCCCUCGCUGUCAUCCCAGACGCACUCACCUCCUCCCCUUAGUCAAAACUUAGGUUCCCACAGCCUGCCCCACCAAGGAAACUCCCACUCUCACUCCACGAUGACCUCCCCUCCGAUGGGCAGCUCAGCCACAACCACUACCUCCUCCUCCUCUUCCUCCUCCUCAUCCUCUCAGUGUGUGCCACCUCACCGAGACAGCUCCAGUCCAGGCCAGCGGCAACCCUCUGGCUCUCCGGGAGAGCAUGGACAGAUCCAGGUCUCACCAACCUUGGCAGUGCUCCUGGAGGAGCUGAGAGUUUUGCAGCAAAGGCAAAUCCACCAGAUGCAGAUAACAGAGGAGAUCUGUCGGCAUGUUCUAAGGCUUGGAGGGGCUGUCUUUGGUCAAGAGAACACACAGGCAAGUGUUGCAGACACAAUUUUGAAGUCUACAAGAGCUGUAUCAUCAUCACCAACACACCCCUCCACUGCCACACCAGUAACCACAGCAUCGUCGCUUUUAAGUGGUCUCCCAUCAUCCCUCUUCCCCCAGUCACCUGUUCCCAAAUCAGGUGCUAUACAUGUCAAUGGCAACAGAGCUUCAUCCUCCUCUACCUCUUCCUCAUUAUCUUCCUCAUCUCUUGCAUCCUCUAUCAGCUCCACUGUUGCCUCCCUACACCCUCUGUCCUUAUCAUUAGGCCUACCACCACGCUACCUCCAUGAAAAAUCCUCCAACACCUCCUCUUUUGGUCAUGGCAAUGGUAUCAGUUUCACAACUCCUCCCCUUCCAACCACCAGCCAUUCCCAGGAGCCCAGCUCCUCUCUGGGCUCUGCCUCCUCUGCAGGACGCCCUCAGCAUGUGUGCCGUUUCUGUGGGAAGGUGUUAAGCAGUGAUUCAUCGCUCCAGAUUCAUCUGAGGUCACACACUGGUGAAAGACCCUAUCAGUGUCCAGUCUGCUUGAGCCGUUUUACAACCAGAGGGAAUCUCAAGGCCCACUUUCUGCGUCAUAGAGAGCAGAACCCUGAGCUGUCCCUCUCCCUGCUGCCCCCAGCGCUGUCGGAGCUAACACAGAGCGCCCCUUCUUCCAGCGCCAUCCAGAGGAGGAGAAAACGUCGGGCUGAUGAGGAUGAGCCAUUCAAUGGAGUGAAGGGAAGCAUUCCUGGGGUGACGGAAAACAUGGCGCUAGGGUUCUUGUCCAGUGCUUCCACUCGGCCUUCGCCUUCCUCUCUACCUCUGCCCCCCUCGGUGGACAUGGCAUUACUGUCCACUGCCCAUUCACUGCUGCAGCUGAACAGAGCCUCUGCUGCCAGUGCAGCUACUGUAUUGCCUUCUUCCUCUUCAUCCACAUCUUCCUCCUCUAUGGGCAGCCAGUUCAAAGGAGCAAAGCAGCAGCGAUUUGAUGAAAAUACACCUCCUCACUCUGCCCUCCAUACAACCUCCCCAUAUUCCCAACUGGCUCAAUUACCCAAGAUUCUCUUCCCUGGAGGUACCUCCCCUCACCAUCUUGCACUUCUGCGACCCCCUGGCCACCCGUCCGCCUCCCACCUCACUUCUCAUCAGCUACCCUUCCCCUUUCCCCCUUUCCCUAAACCAUCAACCUCCUCCCCCUCUUCAUCCUCUCCUACCACCUCUGGUCAGACCUCAGACACCUCCAAGUUGCAACGCCUGGUACAGAAACUUGAAAAGCAGCCACAUGGAGGUGCCUCCUCUUCCUCCACCUCGGCAAACUCUGCUGAAGCCAAUGGGGAUGCUCAUGGCCAUGACCUGUCCACCACCUCAAGUGCCUAUCGCAGGGAAAUGCUAGCUGCUCUUGGCCUAAGCCCAAGUACCAAUGUUGCUGGACUGAUAACCAGCCAGGGAGCCUCAGGUUCUGGCACCACAACAACUACAACUACCCAUUCACUACCUACUGCUCAGGCUGCUAACCAGUGUGGAGUGUGUCUGCGGGUCCUCAGCUGCCCAAGAGCUCUGCGAUUGCACCAGGCCACACAUCUGGGAGAGCGCCCGUUUCCUUGCAAGCUAUGUGGUCGAUCAUUCUCCACAAAGGGCAGCCUGAGAGCCCACCUGGCAACUCACCGUGCAAGACCAGCAAACUCCCGUGCCUUAAACUCCUGCCCCUUGUGCCCACGCAAGUUUACUAAUGCCUUGGUUCUGCAGCAUCAUAUCCGCUUGCAUCUAGGAGGGCAAAUACCUCCUGAUGAAGACAUGCCUCCCGAGGAUGGCCCAGAAAUGCAGAAUCCAAUCUUCAAUGAUGGCAAGAAUGACUCUGCUGCCUCAACAGCACAAAUCCUUCCACUAGCCUUGACAACAAACUCCAAGUCCUCAAUUGAUGCCCCCAGCUCAGGGUCUACUUUGAAGCAAUCAACAGCUGCUGAUGCUAUUUCUGUGAAGACAGAGGAAUCAGAGGGCUCAACACCCAGUGUUAGCCCACCCCUGACUCGUAAUCCCACCUCAGCAGGAGCUGAAGACCCCCUGCAUCUGAAAGACAAUGCCCCAGCUGAUGGUAGCCCCGUGAACAGCUCCAUGUACUCUGAAGAUGAGACCCACACUGACCUGGGCAGCGCCAGCCCUUUCAAAGUGCCCAUAGCCAGUUCUCAUUCAGCAGUGAAUGGAGAUGCAGAGGCUGAUGACACACCUCUUUCCCUCUGUGUUUCCAAGCCUGCAGAAAAUGAUGCGCUGCAUAAAGGGAUAAAAAAUGAUGAAGCCUCCACAAGUGUUGAUUCUAACCCCAAACCCCUGCAAAACCCUUUGGCCCCACUCACCCCUCCUACCAGCCCCAAAGCUAUCUCUGAAGCAGAGGCGGCCUGUGGAAGUGAACCACAGGAGGCACAAGACAGAGGGGCUACCCAAAGCAAUGGUAAGAUUGAGACCACCACACCCAGAAAAUCUCUGCCAGUGUUGGAUCCAGAGCCAGAGGCAGAAGCAAAGAGGGACAUUCAAAUGGAGGAGGGUUGCAGCUUGCCAGAAAAGCCUUCAGGGGACCCAGAGUCGGCUGUUACAGCACAAGCACCGGACACCCAGCUUCCUCGCCCUGACAAACCCUAUAGCUGCUCCGAGUGUGGAAAGGCAUAUGCCAGCCGUAGCGGACUUAAGGGUCAUAUGAAAACUCACCCCGGAGCACUGACCAAUAAUCCCUCCAAGGCUCACACCAAUGACAAUGAUGUUGAAGAGGAUCCCAGUUCACAUUCAGCCAGUAACAACCAGGAAAAGCAGGAAGAAGAGCCAGGGUUGCAUAAAUCUCCCAAGAAAGGUGACAGCACAGAGCCUCCACCAGUCAGUGUUGUUUCUAGUGUGGCAGAAGAGCCCAUGGACACUGCUGUGUAGAAGAGUUAGCAUUUUAAAGGGUCCUGACAAGGGAAUGUAUUUUUUCAAUGGAAGAUUUAGUUUUUGGAGUCAAUAAUUCUAAUUCAUGUUUACCUUUUGUAAUAGGAAG